AUGGCUCAAACCGUCGUGCCAUUUGGCUUUGGCGUCGGAGACAUUUUUGAUGUGGGCAAGUUGAUUAUCAAUCUUGUCGCUAGGGUUCGGGAUUCACCUGAAGACCAUACGAAUGCAACUUUGCAGGAGAUACACUUCUCCAAAUUUAUUGAUGUUUUACGCGACGAUCAGCACCAUUGUUUCAUGACCGAUACACAGCGACAGCAGAUUGCUGUGCAACUAGUCUUUGGGAAUGCUUUACUGCAAGAGCUACGAGAUGUCCUCCAACAUCACGCUUCGCUGACUGCGGAGCCCAAGUGGUCCGCCAGUAGGCUAUCGUGGAGUCACGACAAAGUCGAAGACAUUCGGGCACGCAUGGUUGCAUUCGUUGUCAUGAUGCAGCCUAUCUACAACGCGUACAUACAGCAAGGCGCACAGCGAACGGUCUUGCAGGCGCUUGACGCUCUAAGAGACGAGAUGAAAGCAGGACUGCGGAAGACUCCCUCUAUCUCGACAGUGAGCCAACAUGACGAUACUACGGCUGUCGCCGAAUGGCAAGAAAUCAUACAAGGCCUUGAGCAGCUCGGCAUCACAUCGCUCAUGGCGAUCACGCACAAGGAGAUGAUCUUGAGAUAUUUCCGGAAUGCCUUGGACUCUGGGGCUCUUGUAUCUGGCCAAUCCUCAAUGGAUUCCAUCAAUCCCAAAGUGAAACUCCCAGCACAUCUGGUCCCGUGGAUAGAAGAUCAAUAUUCCCAAGCCCUCACCCGCCAUAAUCAAUAUCAUGGACAGCAGGUGGACUGGUCGAAUCGAGUUACCAUUAUGCUAGCUUGCUGGUCGUCCUGGUUGCCCAAGUUUAAAUCGCUUCGCUCGGGAUGCUCCCUCGGAUGA